AUGGCUUCAACCAAGAUUGCAAUUGUUGGCGCUGGGCCGGUAGGCUGUAUGCUGGCUCGAAUCCUUCACGUCACUGCACCUUCCAUCUCAUUGACCAUUUAUGAAUCCGAAAGCUCGCCAAACUUCCGAUCUCAGGGCGGCUCACUCGAUCUUCAUCCAGAAACUGGCCUUGCCGCCAUCAAGGAUGCGCGUCUAGAAGAAGAAUUCAACAAGUAUGCCCGCCAUGACGGAGACUACUAUCUAUUCUGCAACGAGAACCUCAAGACCCUCUUCACCUUCGGCCCGAACAAAAAGGGCAACGAGCGCCCAGAGAUAGAUCGUUCAGACCUUCGAUCCAUGCUUGCCGCUUCUUUGCCCGAGGGCAUGAUUAGAUGGGGAUGCCAUGUGAGCCGCGUUGAAUCUGAUGGUCAAUACCAGAGACUGGUAUUCAGAGAUGGCAGCGCAGCCGCGGGAUUUGACCUCAUUGUUGGCGCUGAAGGUGCUUGGAGCAAAGUUCGACAGUUCGUCACGGAUGUCCGUCCAUAUUAUGCUGGAGUCUCUUACCAAUCCCUCACCAUCCCCGACCCCAAGACGAACGUGCCAAACCUCGACAAACUCGUCAAUAGCGGUAACGUUUUUGCUUCGGCAGCGCACCAAAGGCUCUCGGUCCAGCAGAUGGGUGACGGUAGCUUUCGCAUUGCCUACGUCGCGGUGCGGCCCGAGAGCUGGCAAGAUCCGGACUCAAAGGAUUGGUGUGGCUACAAUGUACACGAUCUCGAGGCAGUCCGGCAAGCCAUACUCCAGGAGAUUGCACAUUGGGAUCCCCGACUCAAGGAGGCGGUCCAUUAUGCCCGAGACCGAGUCGAAGCCAGGAGUCUAUACAUGCUGCCCCCAGACUUCAAAUGGGAACACAAAGCCGGCGUGACCCUGAUUGGCGACGCGGCUCACGUCAUGACGCCUUUUGCCGGAGAAGGAGUCAAUGUUGGUUUCGACGACGCGAGAUGCCUAGCUGCCGCGAUUCGAAAGAGUCUAGAAACGGGCUCUUCGCUAGAUACCGAGGUGAAGGAGGCAGAAGAGGCGAUGUUUCCUCGCAUGAACAAAUUUCAGCAACUCACUGAGACCUUAUUAAAGUUGCAAUUCUUCAGCGAUGAUGUACAAAACGUAAUGCCAAAGGUCCUCAUGGCCCACGCAUCGAUGGAUACACCCUCGUUUGCACACCCUCUCUUAUCGGUUGCUAUUCAGGGCUGGUGGAAGGCAAAGACUCUGAAAGAGAGUAUUUUUGGUUAG